AUGGCCAACGUUUCAACAUACUCCGCCUGGCGCCGAAGCGGGAAGAAAGGAUCCAAGGACCACCCUCUCUCCAUAUAUCGCACUUACGACGAAAUCCUCCCAAAGAACCUUGAUCCUACAGAUGUCGUUAUCAAAAUCCACGCUGUUUCACUGAACUAUCGCGAGAUUGCCAUGCUCAUUGGUACAUAUCCUGUCGAGAUUGAAGAUCGCGGUGUUCCUUGUUCAGAUGCUGCGGCGGAGGUGGUUGCCACUGGAUCUGCGGUUUCCCGCUUUGCAGUGGGAGACCGCGUCUGCCCCAUUACGGGUAUUGGAAAACUUGAACCUUUCGAUGAUGGAAUGUCGCAAGCUAUUGGGUCAAAUUGUCCUGGUGUUUUGCGUGAAUACGCCGUAUUUGAUCAGAAGCAUUUGGUAGCGAUACCUGCACACUUAUCGUGGGAGGAAGCAUCUACACUUCCAUGCGCUGGUCUUACAGCUUGGAAUUCUCUCGAUGGACUUAAAAAUGUCCCGAAAGGUGCAAGUGCCUUGCUGCAGGGUACUGGAGGCGUAAGCAUGUUUGCACUUAUUCUAUGUUUAUCCGCGGGUAUCCGUCCUAUCAUCACGUCUUCAUCCGACGAGAAGUUAGCUGCUAUCAAGAAAUUGAGCCCCGAAAUCCAAGGCCUUAACUACAAGACUGUAUCUGAUCACAAGACUGAGAUUUUGCGUCUUACUGGCGGAAAAGGAUCCCUCAUGGACGACAUCAGCUUUCUUUGCGAAAGAGGUGGUACUGUCUCAAUGGUCGGGUUUUUGAAUGGCUUUGACGCCGAUUGGGCACCGGGAGAUAUUAUGAGACUAAUGGGAAAGGCAGCUAAGUUGAAGGGCAUUGCUGUUGGUAGCAGGCUUGAGUUUGAAGACAUGAAUCGCUAUCUUGAGGAAAAUGAAGUACACCUCAGUCCUUUAUUGGUGGAUCAGCCGUUCACCUUCGCAAAAGCGCAGGAUGCUUACGACCGCCUGGAAUCAGGGAAAUUCCACGGGAAGAUCAUCAUCAAAUUGGACUCGUAAAUUAAGAGGCAUUCAACAAGAAGUGCGCCCUAUGCGCGAGCUGGCCCCUGUACCGACGAGUCCAGUGUCCUACAUGAUAUGGCAUGCCUUUGCAUCUCUGUUGAAAUGUCAGAUUUCUAGUCCAAAGCAAAAUUAGAAAAUUGGAAUCAGCAUAACGAUAAUAAU